AGGCAGUUCGAGCUCGCGACGAGGAGGACGUACCCAAAAAUGGCGCGGAGGGCGACGGCCUGCUAAGCGCGGGUGCCGGGAUUUGGCCUGAGAGCAGCGCUGACGACGGCGGAGAUGAAGCGCUCCCUCCGCUUUCCCUUCGUGCUCCUCGUCCUCGUCGCCGCCGCGCUCAGCUGCCGCUCGGUGGCCCGCCGCGGCCUCACUGUCGGGCCCUUUAUCGACGUCGAUGCAUCGCCGCGGCCGAUCGAGGCCGAGGGCCCUAACGAGACCCUUUAUCUCCUCUCCGCCGCCGAGCCCGGAGCGGUGGAGUUGCGGCAGGACGUGGAGGACCUCCUCGGUGGGAGCCUGGAUUCCGCCGAAUCCGCCGGCGGGCGCUACCGCCUCAUCUCCAUCUGGCGGCGCGGGGUAAAGCCAGGGAAUAGGUCAGGGGUCACGGCCCGGCUUCGGUUCCCCGCCCUGCCGGAGCACCCCAAGCACGACCGCGUCUUCCCGGAGUUCCGGCGGUUGCUGGGCGAUUGGUAUCACGACCGCCGCGCCUUCCGGCCGGAGGUUUUGUCGGAGCUCGUGAGGCGCAUCAAGCGCCCCGUCGACCAGCACUACGGCUACCCGGACACCGGCCGGCCGUACGCCACCUGCGCCGUCGUCGGCAACAGCGGCAUUCUCCUCAAGUCCGAGCACGGCGACCUCAUCGACGGCCACGACCUGGUCAUCCGCCUCAACAACGCCCGCGUCGAGGGGUACCAGCGCCACGUCGGCUCCAAGACCUCCCUCUCCUUCAUCAACAGCAACGUGCUCCACUCGUGCGCCCUCCGCGUCGGCUGCCACUGCCACCCGUACGGCGUCUUUGUCCCCAUCGUCAUCUACAUCUGCCAGCCGGCGCAUUUCCUCGAGUACAUGGUGUGCAACUCCACCCACAAAUCCCCGCUGCUGGUCACCGACGGCGCGUUCGACACCCUCUGCGCCAGGAUCGUAAAGUACUACUCGCUGAAGACGUUCGUGGAGGGGACGGGGAAGCACCCGACGCAGUGGGGCAAGUUCCACGACGAGAAGAUGUUCCAUUACUCGUCGGGGAUGCAGGCAAUCGUGCUGGCGCUGGGCAUCUGCGAGAGGGUGAGCGUCUUCGGGUUCGGCAAGUCCACCGAGGCGAAGCACCACUACCACACCGGCCAGAUGGCGGAGCUGGAUUUGCACGAUUACGCAGCGGAGUACGAGUUCUAUGGCGACCUCGUCGAGCGGCCGCAGGCGAUACCCUUUCUUAGAGACGCCGGAAUCAAGGUUCCCCCUGUUGCUUUCUACCAUUGAGAUACCAUACCUUAUAGGGUUGAAGCAGUAAGAUAAGCAACCAGAGAAAGAGAGAAUAGACAAGAAGGAAAAGGUUUUCUUUACGCUUCAUUUUAAUUUGUAAAUCGAUUGUGAUCGGUAUGAAGAAAAAAAAUCAGCCGCUGUGAACUGUAAAUAAUAAGCUGGGAUUCAACAUUAUGCAUGAAUAGAAAACCUAAUUUACAUCCAACAAA